UUGGAGGUCUGGGCCAUGGCCUCCUGGGCCGCGCUUUCGCCCAGUAUCGUGGAGUAUUUCGAGGGCGAGGAUUUCUACCGCUGCGGCUAUUGCAAGAAUGAGUCGGGCAGUCGCUCCAAUGGCAUGUGGGCACAUUCCAUGACUGUACAGGAUUAUCAGGAUCUCAUAGACCGAGGAUGGCGAAGGUGCCGACCUUUACAGUUUCAGCCAUCAAAAUCUCACAAGAAGGUUUUGAAGAAAAUGUUGAAAUUUCUGGCUAAAGGGGAAAUUUCAAAAGGAAAUUGUGAGGAUGAGCCCAUGGAGCCCACCAUGGAGGAUGCUGUUGCCAGUGACUUUGCUUUAAUAAAUAAAUUGGAUAUACAGUGUGACCUUAAAACGCUCAGUGAUGACCUCAAAGAGAGCUUAAAGAGUGAAGAGAAGAAAGGAAAGAGCUCAAAGAGGGAAGAAUCUAAUGAAUUAAUCCAGUCACAAGAUAUGGCAGAGAAGUUGGACUCUGGUGAACCAUCACAUUCAGUAAAAGUGCAUACACUUCCUCAGCCAGGCAAAGGGGCAGAUUUGAGUAAGCCUCCGUGUCGAAAAGCAAAGGAAAUCCGGAAAGAAAGGAAAAGGUUAAAACUCAUGCGGCAGAACCCAGGUGGAGAACUGGAGGGUUUCCAGGUGCGGUGUCAGCCACCGUCUUUGUUCCCGCCAAAGGCUAAAUCCAACCAGCCCAAGUCACUUGAAGAUUUAAUGUUUGAAUCUUUACCAGAGAGUGCAUCACACAAGUUUGAGGUGAGGGUGGUGAGAUCAUCUCCACCAAGUUCUCAGUUCAAAGCCACAUUUCAGGAGUCUUACCAGGUCUAUAAACGCUACCAGAUGGUUGUUCACAAGGACCCACCUGAUAAACCAACUGUGAGCCAGGUGAGGCUAGUACCUGUCUCCUUUGAGGACCCCGAGUUCAAGUCGUCCUUCAGCCAGUCAUUUUCUUUAUAUGUCAAGUAUCAAAUGGCCAUACACCAGGACCCGCCUGAUGAAUGUGGGAAGACCGAGUUCACAAGAUUCCUUUGCAGCUCACCUUUGGAGGCAGAGAACCCCCCUAAUGCACCAGAUUGUGGUUAUGGUUCCUUUCACCAGCAGUAUUGGCUUGAUGGGAAGAUCAUUGCUGUGGGGGUGAUUGACAUCCUUCCAUACUGUGUCUCGUCUGUAUAUUUGUACUACGAUCCUGAUUAUUCGUUUCUGUCUUUGGGUGUCUACUCUGCACUUCGGGUCAGUACAGACCGUCUGAUUUGCUGUGUCCUGAGACAUAUGUUUGGGUACCCAUCGAGCAGUGCCUGCCUUCACUUGAGAACUCCAAGUACUGCCGUUUCAACCAGGACCCAGAAGCAGAGGCUACAGCGGCAGCAGAAGUGGCUGCAGGGCCAGCAGAGGCUGUCACAGCACCUUGGUUCCCAAGCCCACCGCCGGCUGAAGGCAUUGCUGCAGGCAGUCCAUGCUCAUAGAGGAAGUGUGCAGAUGGGAUUAACGUCCACAUGGAGAUAUGGAAGAGGACGGGGGAUUGGCACCGUAACCAUGGUCAGCUGGGGGCGCUUCGUCGGCCUGGUUGUGGUCACCAUGGCAACCUUGUCCCUGGCCCGGCCCUCCUUCAAUUUAGUUGAGGAUACCACGGUGGAGCCGGAAGAGCCAUCAACCAAAUACCAAAUCUCCCAACCAGAAGUUUACGUGGCUGCGCCCCGGGAAUCGCUAGAGUUGCGCUGCCUGUUGCGAGAUGCCGCCAUGAUCAGUUGGACUAAGGAUGGGGUACACUUGGGGCCCAACAAUAGGACAGUGCUAAUUGGGGAGUACUUGCAGAUAAAAGGUGCCACGCCUAGAGACUCCGGCCUCUAUGCUUGUACUGCUGCUAGGAAUGUAGACAGUGAGACUGUCUACUUCAUGGUCAAUGUCACAGAUGCCAUCUCAUCCGGAGAUGAUGAGGACGACACAGAUGGCUCGGAGGAUUUUGUCAGUGAGAACAGUAACAGCAAGAGAGCACCCUAUUGGACCAACACAGAGAAGAUGGAAAAACGGCUGCACGCCGUCCCAGCAGCCAACACUGUCAAGUUCCGCUGUCCAGCUGGGGGGAAUCCAACACCAACGAUGAGGUGGCUGAAAAACGGGAAGGAAUUUAAGCAGGAACAUCGCAUUGGAGGCUAUAAGGUACGAAACCAGCAUUGGAGCCUUAUCAUGGAAAGCGUGGUCCCAUCCGACAAAGGAAAUUAUACCUGUGUGGUGGAGAACGAUUAUGGGUCCAUCAAUCACACGUACCACCUCGAUGUUGUUGAGCGAUCGCCGCACCGGCCCAUCCUCCAGGCCGGACUACCGGCAAACGCCUCCGCUGUGGUCGGAGGCGACGUGGAGUUUGUCUGCAAAGUGUACAGCGACGCCCAGCCCCACAUCCAGUGGAUCAAACACGUGGAGAAGAAUGGCAGUAAAUACGGGCCCGACGGGCUGCCCUACCUCAAGGUUCUGAAGGCCGCCGGUGUUAAUACCACGGACAAAGAAAUUGAGGUUCUCUAUAUUCGGAAUGUAACUUUUGAGGAUGCUGGGGAAUAUACGUGCUUGGCGGGUAAUUCUAUUGGGAUAUCCUUUCACUCUGCAUGGUUGACAGUUCUGCCAGCUCCAGUAAGAGAAAAGGAGAUCACAGCUUCCCCAGAGUAUCUGGAGAUAGCCAUUUACUGCAUAGGGGUCUUCUUGAUCGCCUGUAUGGUGGUGGGGGUCGUCGUGUACCGGAUGAAGAACACAGCCAAGAAGCCGGACUUCAGCAGCCAGCCGGCUGUGCACAAGCUCACCAAGCGCAUACCUCUGAGGAGACAGGUUUCUGCUGAGUCCAGCUCCUCCAUGAACUCCAAUACCCCACUGGUGAGGAUUACAACUCGCCUCUCCUCAACAGCAGACACCCCCAUGCUGGCGGGGGUCUCUGAGUACGAGCUGCCAGAAGAUCCAAAAUGGGAGUUUCCAAGAGAUAAGCUGACGCUGGGCAAACCCCUGGGAGAAGGUUGCUUUGGGCAAGUGGUCAUGGCUGAAGCAGUGGGAAUUGACAAAGAGAAACCCAAGGAAGCAGUCACUGUGGCCGUGAAGAUGUUGAAAGAUGACGCCACAGAGAAGGACCUUUCUGAUCUGGUGUCAGAGAUGGAGAUGAUGAAGAUGAUUGGGAAACACAAAAAUAUCAUCAAUCUCCUCGGAGCCUGUACUCAGGAUGGGCCGCUCUAUGUCAUAGUCGAAUACGCCUCAAAGGGCAACCUCCGGGAAUACCUCCGUGCCCGGAGGCCGCCCGGGAUGGAGUACUCGUAUGACAUCAGCCGCGUUCCCGAGGAGCAGAUGACCUUCAAGGACUUGGUGUCCUGCACCUACCAGCUGGCCCGGGGCAUGGAGUACUUGGCUUCCCAAAAAUGCAUUCACCGAGAUUUAGCUGCCAGAAAUGUUUUGGUAACAGAAAACAAUGUGAUGAAAAUAGCUGACUUUGGACUGGCCAGAGAUAUCAACAAUAUAGACUACUACAAAAAGACCACAAAUGGCCGACUUCCAGUCAAGUGGAUGGCUCCCGAAGCCCUUUUCGAUAGAGUGUACACCCAUCAGAGUGACGUCUGGUCCUUCGGGGUGUUAAUGUGGGAGAUCUUCACUUUAGGGGGCUCGCCCUACCCAGGAAUUCCCGUGGAGGAGCUUUUUAAGCUGCUUAAGGAAGGGCACAGGAUGGAUAAGCCGGCAAACUGCACCAAUGAACUGUAUAUGAUGAUGAGAGACUGUUGGCAUGCGGUGCCCUCACAGAGACCCACCUUCAAGCAGUUGGUAGAAGACUUGGAUCGAAUUCUCACACUCACAACCAAUGAGGAAUACUUGGACCUCAGUCAGCCUCUUGAACAGUAUUCACCUAGUUACCCUGACACAAGGAGUUCUUGCUCUUCGGGAGAUGAUUCUGUUUUCUCUCCGGACCCCAUGCCUUACGAACCCUGCCUUCCUCAGUAUCCACAUAGAAACGGCAGUGUUAAAACAUGAAUGGGCUUGUCCCCCGUCCGCAAACAGGGCGGCACCAGGAACCUAGCUGUACUGAGCAGGGAGGUCCUGCCUCUGGGAGCCUGUUGUCUUGGCUUGUGUGUGUAUAUGCAUCAGAGGAGUAAAUAAUUGGAAAAGUAAUCAGCACACGUGUAAAGAAUUUGUAAUCUUCACCAGGAGAAGAAGAAUGUUUCUGGGGCAGUGGACUGCCAUGGGCCAUCACGUGCCGAUGACCCACUGUGGGUACUGGCUGUGGACCAGCCAGACUCAAGGCAAACAUGCAUUCUGCAUUUCUUGUGAAUUUUGUAAUAAAUGGAGAAAAUAUAUGUCAGCACAUACUUAUAGAGCACAAUUGCAGUAUAUAGGUGCUGGAUGUAUGUAAAUAUAUUCAAAUUAUGUAUAAAUAUAUAUUAUAUAUUUACAAGGAAUUAUUUUUUGUAUUGAUUUUAAAUGGAUGUCCCAAUGCACCUAGAGAAUUGGUCUCUCUCUCUCUCUCUCUCUCUCUCUCUCUCUCUUUUUUCUUAAAUAGCUAUUUGCUAAAUGCUGUUCUUACACAGAAUUUCUUAAUUUUCACCGAGCAGAGGUGGAAAAGUACUUUUGCUUUCAGGGAAAAUGGUAUAACAUUAAUUUAUUAAUGAAUUGGUAAUAUACAAAACAACUGUUUAUAGUUUUGUUUGUUUUUUUUGGCUUUUUUUGGUAAUUUAAGUGGCAUUUCUAUGCCGGCAGCACAUCAGACUAGUUAACCUCUUGCUUGGACUUAACUAGUUAUCAGAUCCUUUGAAAAGAGAAAUAUUUACACACUAUGACUGAUUUGGGGAAAAUGAAGUUUUGAUUUAUUUGUGUUUCAACUCUGCUGUCAGAUGAUUGUUCUUAAACCACCUAAAUGCCCAUGUUAAAAAGAACUCAUUAAUAAGAAGGCGUUUUGUUUUGGUGCAGCUCUGUCAUUGGGCCCAUAAACGUUUAACUGGGCUCCCCAAGACAAAUGGUACCACCGUUCUCUUAAAAAGAUGCCUUAGUCCAUUCCUCAAGGAGGGCCCUUCGUUGAGAUGCUAGCAGAGCGUUCUGCUCUCCGGCAGCUGGCCUUCUGCCCCUGAGUUGCACGUUGAUCAGAUUAGCCUGUAUUCUUCGGCGAAUCUUCAUAAUGGCUUCCAGAUUCAUUGGCGACAGAGAAGCCUUCUAGAAUCUUCAUGUCCCAUCGAAGAAAAUGGAAACACCGAGUUGUUCUGCUGAUAGUUUGGGGGAUCCUUCCACCUUUUUAAGGGAUCGCUUCCGCCUAGCAGGACCUCACCAAAAGUAUCCCGCGUAAUGCCAACGUCAGAAUACUGCCACGCUGUCCAUUCUGUGCGAAAGUGCUGUGUUUUGCUUUCGAAACACCUACUCACUCUGCUGUAGCCAUGCAGCAUGAAUGGAGAUGACACUGAUUUUUAACGUGCUAUGAAAUUGGAGAAAGUAUUUAAUAAAGCCUGUUAAUUUUUAUACUGACAAUAAAAAUGUUUCUACAGA